AUGUUGAAGCUUUAUGUUAAUAUAUGUCUGCCUUCUGAACACACCCUACGCCACGCCUACCACUAUAUUCAUACACAAUCAGUAGGUAUUUGCCAGCCAGAAGAAUGUGAGGAUCAGCCAAGCCUGUUGCUUGUGGUCAAAUGGGGUGGUGAGUUGACGGCAGCUGGGCGGCAGCAGGCCGAAGACCUAGGACGAGCUUUUCGCUGCAUUUAUCCUGGGGGCGAUGGCAACUAUGGCAAAAAUCCUGGCCUCGGCUUGCUUCGUUUGCACAGCACCUACCGACAUGAUCUGAAGAUUUAUGCUUCUGAUGAGGGCCGAGUCCAAAUGACAGCUGCAGCCUUUGCUAAGGGCUUUCUGGCUCUAGAGGGUGAACUACCGCCAAUCCUAGUACAGAUGGUCAAGUCAGCCAACACGAACGGUCUCCUGGAUAAUGACAAUGAUUGCCGGCACUACCAGCAGAUGGUAAAGCGGCGAAUAGGUGAGGUGAUGUCUAAACAGAACGACUUCACAGAAGAGGACAUUGCAACCUUAGUGAGCUACUUUAACUUUCUCUUGCUCUUUAGUUUGGCAUCAAAUUCUGCUCGUCAGAACUGGUUCAUUUAG